AAUAGAUAAAAUUAAGUAAAGACUUGGUGGACCAAGACCUUUGUUUUUUUGUGACCGAGAGAGAGGGAGAGAGAUAGAAGGGUGAGGGGUGGUUAGAUGGUUGAAUGGGUUGCAGCUGCUCUGCUUAUUUCUGUGGCCUGCUUCAUCGCAGCCACGAGUUAUACGGUUGAGGCGGCGGAGCCGGCGCUGGUCAAAGGGAUGUCGUGGAGCUUCUACACGUCCAGCUGCCCGAAACUGGAAUCCAUCGUCAAGAAACGCCUCCAGCAAGUGUUCAAGAAGGACAUCGGCCAAGCUGCUGGCCUGCUCCGCCUCCACUUCCACGACUGCUUCGUCCAGGGAUGUGACGGAUCGGUGUUGCUGAGUGGAUCCGCUGGCGGGCCCAGCGAGGAGCAAGGCGCCCCACCAAACCUCAGCCUCCGACAGGAAGCCUUCCGCAUCAUCGAAGACCUCCGCGCCCGCGUCCACAAGCAGUGCGGCCGCGUCGUCUCCUGCUCCGACAUCCUCGCCGUCGCCGCCCGCGACUCUGUCGCCCUGUCGGGAGGGCCCAACUACAGAGUCCCCCUCGGCCGCCGCGACGGCCUAACCCUAGCCACACGCGCCGCCACCCUCGACAACCUCCCGCCUCCCACCGCCACAACCGGGCAGCUCCUCACCGCCCUGGCCCCCAAAAACUUCGACCCGACCGACGUCGUGGCGCUCUCCGGCGGCCACACGAUCGGGAUCAGCCACUGCUCGUCCUUCACCCGCCGCCUCUACCCGAGCCAGGACGCCACCAUGGACAAGACCUUCGCCAACAACCUCAAGGCCGCAUGCCCGCAGGCCGCCGCCGUCGACGGCACCGUCAACAUGGACAUCCGCUCGCCCAACCUCUUCGACAACAAGUACUACGUCGACUUGAUGAACCGCCAGGGGCUUUUCACCUCGGACCAGGAUUUGUAUACGGAUUCGAGGACCAGAGGGAUCGUGACCGGUUUUGCAAUUAACCAGUCGCUGUUCUACGAGAAGUUUGCGGUGGCGAUGGUGAAGAUGGGACAGCUCAGCGUGUUGACCGGGUCGCAGGGCGAGAUUCGCGGGAAUUGUUCGAGGAGGAGCACCGGGGUGGAGUCGGUGCUGGAGUCUGCUGUCGAGGAAGCCGUCGAGAUUCUCGCUGGGUUUUGAGGGAUUCCGGUGAUGUGGAGACAAGAUCCCUCGAGUUGAGAUCGUUGGAUUGACUAGUAAUUAGUAAACUUGAUUUCAGCCGUUGGAUUGAUGGCGAUGCUAAUGCGGCUGAGGUCAUGUGUCCCGGCGAUCAGUUAGUGUGACUCGAUCGGCGGUAUUGAGGGGUUGUCACUGUAGUAAUCGGAGUUGGUUUCGAGAUGGUUGAUGGAGCAAUACGAAAAUUAAUAAAUAAACAUAAAACAAUUAGUUGGAAUUCGUAGACACGUACGUAGUUUUUCUGUGUUUUCUGAGUUGAUGUGUUUGGACUUCGGACUUCGGUUUUUCCUCACAGAGAGCGUUGAGCUUGGCUUUGAUAAAUUAUAUUAUGUGCAAGGUCUGAAAAUUAG